CAACCCCAGUCCUCGCCGUCACUGACGGGAGUGUCAAAGAGUGAGAAAGAUCUGUCGGAACACGCGAAAAGCUCUUUUCAGCAACAUCAUUGCAAGCAUUGAGUGUGGCGACAAGCUUUUAUUCUUUUGACAACGUAAUACAACAGUUCUUGGGCUAGCCAGCAAAAAUUGCUGUUCUUCAUUAUCUUCGGCAAUCCUUCUUUGGCAGUAGGUUUCUCAUUUUCUUCAAGCAAGACCACCAACACAUCAACAAUAUUUAUACCUUUGUGUUAUUUUCUGCAUCAUCAUGAGAAUGCUACAUUCCGCUCGACGUUCUGUUACGGCGGCCAAAACGGCAGCAACACGCCGAAGUAAAUCUGCCAUGGCGGCCAUGGCGGCCAUGGAUGAUACUGCUGCCGGGACCUACCCCACUUUAUUCUCCCCUCUGGAUCUUGGACCUGCUAUUGGCAAGCUCCCCAAUCGAGCCUUGAUGGGCAGUAUGCACACGGGCUUGGAAGGACAUACCAUUCCCAACUUUGCCAUUCCCUGGCUCAUGGGGAAAGAUAAGCAUCACGAGCACAGCGACAUGGAACGCAUGGCUCGCUACUUUCAAGAACGUGCCGAAGGAGGUGUCGGUUUAAUGGUCACGGGUGGAAUUGCACCCAACAAUGCGGGCAUUGUGGCUCCCUUUGGAUCGGCAUUGGUGACUCAUGAUCAAAUGGUGACACACAAACUGCUCACCGAUGCCGUACAUCAAGUACAAGUACCCCUGGGGUACAGUGACACGGAAACAGUCCCCGCUCGCAUUUGCAUGCAAAUUCUGCACACGGGACGCUAUGCCUAUCAUCCCUUUUGUGUAUCGGCCAGUGCCACCCAAUCUCCCAUUUCUCCCUUCAAAGCCAAGGCAUUGUCCACCAAAGAAGUUGAAACUACCAUUGGAGAUUUUGUUAGAUGUGCCGUAUUGGCCAAAGAAGCUGGCUAUGACGGCGUCGAAAUAAUGGGCAGCGAGGGAUACCUACUGACCCAAUUCUUGUCACCUCGAACCAAUCAGCGAACGGACGAAUACGGUGGAAGCUUUGAAAAUCGGGCUCGCAUGGCAUUGGAAAUUGUCCGACAGACACGACAAGCUGUGGGACAAGACUUUAUCUUGAUCUUUCGAAUUAGUUUGUUGGAUCUAGUCGAUGAUGCCUUGGCAUUUGACGAGUGCGUGGCAUUGGCUCAACAAUUGCAGGAUGCCGGGGCCACCAUUUUGAAUACUGGUAUUGGAUGGCAUGAAGCUCGAGUGCCGACCAUUGCCACGUCGGUCCCACGCGGUGCCUUUGCCUUUCCCACCAAGGCGCUCAAGGAAGCCUUGGGACAAGAGUUGCAGAUUCCAUUGGUGGCUACCAAUCGCAUCAACGACCCCACUGUUGCUGAAGGAUUGUUGACCGAUGGAACGUGCGAUAUGGUCUCCAUGGCAAGACCCUUCCUCGCCGAUGCCGAACUCAUGAAAAAGUCACGAGAAGGUCGAGCAGAAGAAAUCAAUACGUGCAUUGGUUGCAACCAGGCAUGUCUGGAUCAUGUCUUCAAGGCCAAGACGGCCAGUUGUUUGGUCAAUCCUCGUGCCUGUCAUGAAACCGAAUUGAUCAUUCGAAAACUGCCACAGGAGCAGUGCCAAAACAUUAGUGUCGUAGGAGCCGGACCGGCUGGUUGUGCCUUUGCCAUUACAGCAGCACAAAUGGGCCACACGGUGACAUUGUACGACCAAGCCGAUGAUAUUGGAGGGCAGUUCAACAUGGCCAAGCGAAUUCCUGGUAAGGAAGAGUUUUAUGAAACAAUCAGAUAUUUCCGUGUCCAACUGGAAAAGCAUGGUGUCCAGAUCAAACUCGGUACAAAGGUCACCUACGAGCAAAUGAGUCAAGAAGGAGAUGCCGUGGACAAAUGGAUUGUCUCCACUGGUGUGGACCCACGUGACCCCCAAAUCCCUGGAAUGGAAGGCAAUCCCAAGGUCUUGUCUUACAUUGAUGUCCUUCGCAACAAGGCACCGGUUGGAAAGAAGGUGGCUUUGGUCGGUGCCGGUGGAAUUGGGUUUGAUGUUGGCGAGUACCUUUUGCACUUUGAUGGACAAGACAAGACUUCCAAGGAUGUGUCGGUAGACGACUUUUGGAAAGAAUGGGGCAUUGACACGUCGCAAGAACAACGAGGUGGACUGGUUUCACCGGAAACUCAUGAACCCAAGCGAGAGCUCUACUUGCUACAGCGCAAGAAGGGUAAGCUGGGAAAGAACCUUGGAAAGACAACUGGAUGGAUUCAUCGAGCCACGUUGAGCAAGGGCAAUGUGGAAAUGAUUGACAACGUCAAAUAUGAGAAAAUUGACGAAAACGGGCAUUUGCACAUCAGUCGAGAUGGCGAGAAGCGUGUCUUGGAGGUCGACAAUGUUGUCAUUUGUGCCGGACAGGUGGAACGCAAAGAAUUGGAAAUGAGUGCCAAGGGACAUGAAGACCUGGAAUCCAAGGUCUAUCCCAUUGGUGGUGCUUUCUUUGCCGGUGAGUUGGAUGCCAAACGAGCGAUUGACAUGGGUACGAGAUUGGCCAUUCGUAUCCACGAGCCGGAUGUAACUCCAGGAAACCACAACUUUCAUGCAACACCGGGACCUGAAGAGAAGCUGAGCAAUCUGCUGUCGCGGUUUAUGUAGAUUGUGACGUACAGUGUGAUGACAAACACUGCUAGCAAAAGUAGAGACUUCAUAAAACUAGGGCAAUCUAUUUGGUUGUACGAUUCGACUUCGUACUAUGUUUG